CUGGGUGUUUUAUCCCAUCUGGCCAUCGUAGAAACAGUCACACUGCAUGACUGUAUAGCAGACAGUUUCUGACACUGCCAGAAUUUUGUUGGAGGCCAAGAUUCAUCGGGACAAUCCCCCUGGAGCAACCUGGAGUUAAGUGCCUUGCUCAAGGACACAAUGGAGGUGGCUUUGGGGAUUGAACCAACAACCUUCUGCUUACCAGUUCAGUGCUUUAGCCCACUACGCCACCACCACUCCUAUAUAUUACAUUGAUGACCUAAGAGAAAUAUCUAAAGGGAAGUGCCCUACUUCAUACAAUGCAAUCAUAGUUAAUCGAGUUUAUACAAAACAGAACUUUGACUAAUUUGUUGCUCUUUUACAGCGAGGCUUUAGGACAGGUUAACCCUUUCCAGCCGGAGCAUUCAUCAAAUUUGGGAACAAUUAUUCCCAUGGUUCCUGCAGAGGGCUGUCUGCAGUUGGACAUUCUGAUGGAAAGACUAUGGUUCCCUGCUUUUGAGGGCAUGAGCACACAGGAGGAAGAUCUGCUGGACCAGGAACUACUGCAGGAAGACCCGGACCAUGAGGAGAUGGAGGAUGAGAUGGAACCUGAUCCGCAUGCCAAGAAAAUCAACUGGGUAUAUAUGAAUGUGUAUGUAUUGUUUGUUUCUAUUUCUCAUAUGACUGAUACUCACAGUAACACUAACACUGUUACUCUUAUUAUUUUGGGUAUGGCUAGCCAUUCUCGCACAGGUCCCAAGUUAGCUAGAAAGUGUAAACGCUUCCCUGACUCUGUUUCUUAUCCCUCAUACUCUGACAUCAAUUCACAGGCACCAAAACCUCUCCCAUUUAAGCCUAGCCGUUCAUUCGGUAUUGACUUCGGUAGCAUGCGUCAGGUUGUGCGGUCAAACUCCAAUAUGAUGUUGCGAGAAAUUGACUUUUUCAUGCUGUUUUUUACUCAGGCUGUAGUUGCUGAGAUAUGCAGCUUUACAAACCUUCAGGGGUGGGAGCUCGUCCUAAACUCUCCGUCAUAUUCCAGCUACCAAGGAGCUUGGAUGGAGGUGACCCCCGAUGAAUUUUACAAAUUUCUUGGGUUGCUCAUUUACAUGGGGUUUUCAAUUCUCCCUGAUUCCCAUCGUCAUUGGGGAAUCAAGUCACUUCAGGGCUCGUGGGCGAGGGGAUUUAUGUUGCGUGACCGCUACAAGGCUCUUUUAGCAGCUCUACAUGUUGUAGACCCUACCACAGAGGAUAAUCAGGAUCGCAUCAGGAAGUUGCAUUAUCUUAUUGAACACCUCAAACAAAAAUGCCAGCAGCUCUUUCAGCCUAACCAAAAUCUCACAAUAGAUGAACGUAUGGUCAAGUCUAAAGCUCGGUCAGGAUUUAAACAACACAUGAAGGGUAAGCCUACUUGGUGGAGUUUUAAAUUAUGGGUAACUGCAACAUCAGACUCGGGCUAUACUCUCGACUUUAAUGUUUACACAGGUAGUCAUGAUUGGCAUGUCACUGACUUGGCCACCAAAGUAGUUGAAUUGUUACUGCAGCCAUUCAAAGACCAGGUCCACAAUGUUUGGUUUGACAACUUUUACAUGUCCCCAGCUCUUAUGGUUAAGUUGUUAGAAAUGGGAACUAAUGCCUGUGGGACAUGCAGGGUGAAUCGUAAACUGUUUCCUGCAGAAUUUAAAGACAUCAAAAGAUGGGAACGCAAGAAAGCUUGUGGGGAUAUGAGGUGGUGUAGGAUUGAGAGGAAUACACUUGUAAUUCAGUGGAAGGACACACUUGCAGUUACAUACCUCUCCAAUUUCCAAAUGCGAAUGGCUCAACCGAAAUUACUAGGUUUGUAAAAAAUUAUGGAGACUGGACAAAAGAAGAAGCCCUCCAGCCCACUGUCAUCAGCGAUUAUAACAAAAACAUGGGCGGUGUUGAUAGGUCAGACCAAAUGAUAAAAUCUUACGUCUUCCUACAAAAAACUCAGAAGUGGAGGAAGACUCUUUUUUCCACUUCAUAGACAUUGCCGUCAUCAAUAAUUUCAUAUUGUUUAAGGAACGGCAACACAUUCAUGCGUCACCAGGGGAUGAGCGUAGACCGGUGAACUUAACCCAGAUAGAUUUCAGAGAAAACCUGGCUCGUCAGCUGGGAGGUUUCGAUAUUCACACAAGUUUCCCUUUGCAUACACUAAAGCCUGUAGUCCCUCCUUCGUCAUCACUCCACACAGCCCAUGUCCCUAAAUUUGAAGAGUCCUCUAAGAGAUGUUGGCUAUGGUAUCGGAAAAGUAGGACUGAAUAUAAAACUAAAGUAGCUUGUUGCGCACCAGAAUGUAAUGGCAAAAGACUUUGCUUUGUUCGUGACAGGAACUGUUUUCAGUCUUGGCACUCAGCUGAGUGUGACCAGUUUCGCGAAGAGGCCUAGGUUCGGCUGUGUUUACUGUGUUGUCGUCCACCCCCUCCCCUCUUUUCUCCCUCUCUUCUCUCCACAGGUAUUGCAGUUGUUGAGUAUUUAUGAAUUUAUAUAUAUUCUGUUCCUGCACUCUUUAUCAAAAAUGUAUUUACUGUAGAUAGUUCGAAAGUUUGAUUUUGUAUGUAUUGCUGUGUAAUUCAUGUGCAAUUCUAAUGUUCAAAUUAAAUAAAGUGUGUGUUUUAUUGAAAACAUAAAAUGUA